CCGGUCGUUUUCGCGAUGGCCUGUGUCGGUAUGGCUUGCUGGUCCUCCUCGCCCUCUCUGUAUCCAUCACGCGUAAGUGGCCAUGCGAAACAAGGCCAGAUCAGAUCUUCAGCGAGAGAGAGGACGGACGGCAUCAACAUGCGGACGCGCCGCACACGCCUUGUCGGUUCGGUUUCUCUGUGCGUGUGUUGUAUUGGCAGAUGGCGUGGAGGCGUCUGGCAAGAUAGCGACGGAGGAGAAAUCUUGCGGCCUCAUCGAACAAGGUAUGAAGGCCCUUGGAUAAUGGCUUCCGGCUGGCUGCAUUCCAUACACCGCAGCCCAUCUCAUCCAUCCAUCCAUCCAUCCAUCCAUCCAUCCAUCCAUCUGUGUUGCCGUCGUGCAGGUGCGUUUGCGGCGUCGAAUGCCACCUACAUGGCGGGUCUUCAUCUCGUUGAGCGGCAGAUCCAACUCGCGAAACAACUCACCCAGUCGGGCGUCGACCUCUCACAGUCGGCCGCCACCCUCAGCAGCACUGCACACGACAGCGUCACCGGAACCGCGGGCCUCAUCGACGCCCUGGUGUCGCGCCAGACGGGCAGCUUCCUGCAGGCGGGCGACCACUUCAAUCAGCCACGGCGCCCGAAGCCGGAUUGGUACAAGAGACCUAGCGGUUCGGAGAUGGUGGAGUUUUUCGAGCAGCACUUCCCCUCAUCGCUCACACCGGCGAACGGAGUUUGCAUCCGCGAGACAGAGAAGAGAGGCUCCCGGCCCACCCUUUGCUACCUGACGUGUCCAAACAAGGACUUCAGCAUCGACUGGGGCCACCCCAUGCUGGGGCGCAUCCACACGGGGACCCCGAAAAAGAUCGAAUGUCUAACGACGGGGGUCACGGGGCCUGCGCAGAAGGUGUGCCAACCCGGCUCCAAGAGCAGCAGCCGGUUGGACUUCUGCGCCCUCAACAGCAUCGGGUUGAACAUGGAGAACCUGCGCGAGUACGAUGGCCAGUGGGGCCAUUUCUUCCACGUGAAGCGGGGGCAGCGCUCUGAGGGGCAGAACAAGUGCGAGGGCAUUGCUCUGGAGUUUUACUGGCGCGAUUCCUACUCAGCGUAUAAAGUCCCAGUGCCCGACCUGGGGGCAGACUCGCGCUGCUAGCAGAGCGUCUGACGCAUACACACAACACACACACACCGCAGCCCAUCAUGUAGCCGACUUUACAAGGGAGAGGGAGGGGGGGGGGGCUGUAUUGAUGAUCGGAUGAUUAAGCCAUGACGUCAUCGUUUUUCGCCUUACUUUUCCCAUCUGCGCCACACCCACGCGCACACACACGCACACAGCGUCUGUUUCUGUGUCUCCUUCUCACCUGUGCGACUUUUGGCACCUUUGCUUUUCUGGACGACAGGGCGCACACUUGUACAGAGCAGCAGGGAUGCACACACACACACACACACAGAGAGAGAGAGAGAGAGAGACACAGAGAGGGAGAGAGAGAUAAGUGGGGGUCGCAUGCCGCAGAGCCAGGCUUCUCUCCCCACCGGUGGCCGUAGACAAGAUCCGCGUCUGCCUGGUGGUGUACGUGUGACGCCUGCCUCGCCCCGAUCCCACUCUCUCUGUGUGUUCUGGCUGGCCGGCAUAUCACGGACACACCUCACACACAUGCACACACAGACUGACAGGGGGAUGGCCGGUGUGCCGAAGUAGCUAAUAAUUAAAACGAGACGGGUGUGUGUGUGGGGGGGGGGG